AUGCCACAAAGAUCCAUCUUAAAGUGUGAUCAUACGCCUGUCUGUCUAUCCUCCUCUUCGCAUGCUGGCGUAGCAGGUUUCAGACGACAAGGCCAACGGCAACGUCUCGCUGCGACCAAAGCAGACAACCGAAGCUUCCCACGAGAAGACAAACUUUUCCUUGAAGAAGACGACAGAGUUUUCCCUGCCCCGUUGUUGCUGCCUGGAGAUGAUCUUGCAGGAGAUCCAGAAGACCCGCAGAGCUUUCAAGAAUGGCUAAAUGGAGACCACCGCAAUCCCGUAACAGCGAAGCAACAAACCGUUUAUGUGGUCCCAUCUCCUCAAGUUGACGCAAAUGUUGAAUUCAUGCAAAAGUGGACAAUACCAAAAUGUCCGGACCAUGAGGUUUCGAUGAAACCCCCUAGUAUGAAGGACGUCCAGGACUAUCUAGCUGCCUUUUAUCAUGGUCUUCCUGUCAAGAUGAUGCCGUCAUCCACCUUGCGGUUUGUUCCAUGGGAAGAACCCAAACGAAAACGUCCGAAGAAGGCAGGCCCACAAUAUCUAGGUCUAAAAUACGGCGAUGAGUGCGUGCGGAUUCGCUCACGUACCUUGUCAAAUGGGGUAUAUGGGGGCCAAGUCAAUCUAGACGAUCUUCUCGAUGCUGCGAUUAGCAUUCUACCGAGGGAUGCAUAUGCCCUCUUGAUGGUGGUGGACUUUGAUCUCUACGAGGACGAUGAUGACGAGUUUGUAUGUGGCCGUGCAUACGGAGGAAGUCGCGUUGCAGUGGUGUCCAGUGCAAGAUACAAUCCCACGCUAGAUACCAUCCACGAUGUCGAGCGUCUCCAUGCAUGGCCUGCGUCACAUUGUGAGAAGUACAUGUCUGCAUGUGCUUCGGCAGCACCAAGUGCCAAGAGACAGAAAAGAUCUCAGGUCAAUAGUCGAGGAUCACAAAAUUUGACCGAGCUAAGCGGACCUAUAAAGGAUGCUGUAUCAUUCUACCGCUCCCUCCCAGAGGUAGAUUCAUCGCCUUCGCUGCUGUCCGCGCUCUGGCUGGGCCGUGUUUGUCGGACAGCGAGCCAUGAACUGGGUCACUGUUUCGGAAUUGCCCAUUGCGUGUACUACGCGUGCUCAAUGCAAGGCACCGCGUCUAUCAGCGAGGACGCAAGACAGCCGCCUUAUCUCUGUCCAGUUGAUCUUGCGAAGAUUCUUUGUGCCACUUCAACCUCUGCAUCUCAGCGAUAUCGAGCUCUUCUGACGUUUUGCGAACGGCCGGGUAAGAGCGAUACACAUUUCUUCGGACCGUUCGCUACUUGGAUCCGAAGUAGGCUAGUCCAGAUCAAAGACUCGGCUUGA